AUGGCAUCAGGUGCUGGCAUUAAAAGAUUACCAAUUGAAGCCUUAGGACCCGGGACAAGUAAUUACUUUGUAGUUGGAAUAAUAAUAGCGAAGCAGAAUCCAAGAAAAAUACAAAGUCGAGUCGGUUCUUCAGAAGAAAGAGGCGUGUGCAGUUUCACAAUAAGAGAUUCACCAUACGAUUUUAUAAAUGUUAACUGUUGGGGGUCAUUACAUUUCAUUGAGACAGAAAUGGAGAACUACAACAUUGGUGAUGUUGUUGAAAUCAGCAAUGCCAGGGUUACACACCGUAAGCCAGAUCAAGAUGAGAAAUUUAGUCCUACUGUGACAAGUCCAUGUCAGCUGACAGUUUCUGAAAACCAAAAUUCCUUGAAGUUAUAUGGAGGAGAUGACUGCAGUGCAUUUGAGCCCCUGCUGAAUCUUACAACAAAGCCCCCAACAGAUUUCUAUACUCUUGCUGACAUACACAGCAAUGGGUCCAGCAUGCGGGGAGAGUCAGUGAACCUACUUGCUGUUGUUCGUGAUAUUGGUCCUAUCAGAACAAUAAAAACAAAAGAUGGAAGAAGCAUUAUAUGCCGGGAUAUAACAAUAAUGGAUCAAACCAGUUCUGGACUGCCAGUGCAAUUAUGGAAUGCUGCAACUGCACAUCGUGCAGACUCUUGGGAGCCUCGCAACACAGUGUUGUUUUUAGUAGACAUGAGAGUUGAAUGGAAUGCUUUUAAACGUGGAAUGGUAGCUAGUGAUGGACUGCGCACUAUAAUAACAGAGAAUCCUGAUACUUCUGAAGCAAUGAUGCUUCGAGCAUUUGCUAGAACAGCCCCUGUUAAACCUAGUGCAAUUCUGGAGCAGCUUGCUAGCACAAUACCAGAUCCUGGCAGCAUCAGGCAAGUAAUGACAGUGCAGCAAGUCUUCGAUCGUACCUCAGUUAACUAUGCAGAAGCGGCCAAUACAGAAGAUAAACAGUUCACUGCUUUAAUUUAUUGUCUUGUGACUCAUCUUGAUCUGGAUGGCACCUCACGCAUUACUGCCACGAGAUGUUCAAGAUGCCAGCUGCCAAUUGAUGGGAUCUGUAUAAAUCUGGAGUGUCCUGUGGGAUCAGGAGCUGAAAUUGCUGCUCCAGACACUGUAUUUGAUAUAAGAAUGAGACUUACGGAUCACACUGGAUCACUGGAAAACUGUCGUUUAACAGGCACCGCUGCUGAAAGAGUCCUCAAUUGCACAGUUAAUGAAUUUCUGGCCAUGAAAGAUGAUUCAAGAACAGCACUAAAGUGGUGCUUACUUAUGGAACGCUGUGCAGCAAGAAUUAUGGUGUUGCGGCCAUCCUCAGAGCAACGACGCCCUCUUGUUUCUGUAUUGGCAUGUUCAGUUGCAAAUCCUGUAGAAGUUGCAGCACAUAUUCCAAUUUUUUAGUCAUUCUAUAAAGUUUUAUGAUAUAAAAUUUAAUACUAUGUCAUGCUGUCUGUUGCUGUCAUUGUGU